AUGGGGGCGACCUUGGAGCAGCACCUGGAGGACACAGUGAAGAAUCCAUCCACUGUUGGAGUCCUGUGCACAGGUUCACAAGGACUCGAUCUGGGCUGCUGCAGAACACUGUCAGAUGAGCAUGCUGGGGCGAUAUUUGUUCCAGCCCAGCAAGCAGCUAAGCUGACCUUGGUCCCCACUGAUAUUCCUAUGGUGUGUCUAGAAUCAGGGAACAUUAUCAUGAUCUAG